UAGAACCAUGACAAAUGGACACGAGGCCAGGGACCGAAUUUUUUCUCUCGAGAUAAGGUUGCUCAGACACUGAAGCGAAGAGCAUUCUCCUGCACAAAUUUUGAUACCGAAUUUAUCACCAUGAACUGCAGCAUUCCAUUGCACUCUUCACCACUCCUUCCCUUACUUUCAAGCCCCGUACAGAAACCUCAAUGGAAGGCACAGAGACUACUUUGGUCUUCUAGCAAAGAGCCUGCUAGAAUUGCUAAGCAUAACCAAAAAAUGACAGCAAGAACAAGGGCCAUUGCUGAAUCCCUCAUUCUUGGAGUCGCUUCUGAACCUAGACCUCGCGAUGUAUCAGUUCUCCUACAAACAGGUGCUGUGCUUCUGCUAGCGUAUGGGAUAGCCAAUUUCAUCUUUCCAGCUUUCAUCUCCGAUUACUAUGAAUUUGACAAGGUGAGUGAAGAAGACAUAAAGCCUAAUGAUGCUGCUGAUCCCUCGGAUGAAGCGGCUGAUCCCUCGGACGACGAGGCUGAUCCCUCGGAUGAUGAGUGAAGCACAGCCCCAGCAAGCAUAAGCAAAACCCAGAGAACUCGAAGACCGUUGUGUUUCCAUCAUUAAUUACUGGGGUACAGGCGUGGGCAAUCUAGCUUCGGCUAUGUUCCAAUUUCCCAUUAUCUUUGCUCAGUUUUGACCAAAAAAAAAAUCAUGCUAACAUUUGUUUUGUAUACCCCCAAACUAUUUCUUCUGACCGAGUUCAAUCCCUAAUAAUUUUUUUUUUUCAAUUGAGUUUGUAUCUAACUAGUAGUAGUUACCCAAUCACUCAUCCUCAAACUAAAUUUUGGGGACAAAUAUGGGACUGAAUGGAAAAAAGUAUUUUGUUUGCGGACAUAAUUGAUAAAUGAUUACUAGUUGGGGAGCAUAUUUGUUCUUCUGUCUAUUUGUUCUA